AAUAAAAUAUACACAAAUUAUUACAUAUAGCUCCACAAACAAAAACCUUGUCCAUGACGAUGGGGGUACUUCUCGACCCUACAAAGAUUAAAUUACUUUCAAUUAUUCUACUUUUGUAUUUUUGCCUGGAAUCUUUCAAUUAUUUCUCCACCUCAACAUUUUCAUUUACUGUAUAAUAUAUUUUGCAACCCAAAUCUUUUUUUCUUAUAUAUAAUUAUUCUCUGAUUAUUUCAUACUUAAUUUCAAUUAGUUGGGACGUGGGGAUUGAAUUUUUCUAGCUUUUCUAGAAAGAAAAUUAUGAGAUUUGUCCAAAUUAGUGACCCACAUUAAACAUAAACAAAUCAUAAAAGUAUUAAAGAAAUCAUAAAUCAUGGAAUCUAUCAAAGUCCAAAUCCCUAAAUCAGAUCAUCUCUCUCCUCUCCUCUCCUCUACCCAAAAGCCAAAGUCCAUACCUUUACCUUACCUUACCUCCUCCCAUGGCUUCUUCAUUGCUUUCCCAAACUAGUAAAAUCUCCCCAAUCUUGCUCUUUCCACAAUAAACCCGUGAACCAAACCUUCCCCUUUCUUCUCCUUUAAAGAUCUUCUCUUUUUUUUUUCUUUUCAUCAUCUGGCUCACUUUUGAACUCUUUUGAUUUACAAUCUGCUUUUUUUUCUUUCUUUUCAAGAUCUUUAAAGAAAUGGGUUUGUGAAAAAAGCUUAGUUCCAACUCAAAAGUGUCUUCCUUUUUUUCAUGUUAAAAAGCUUUUAUGACUACAGCCAAUUCCAUGAAUCCAUCUCUCUUUCGUGUAAUCUGUAUACUCCAUUCCGUAAUUGCGCUUACUAGUGGAACCUUGAUGAUGUUCUACACAGAGAAAGCUUCAAUCUUUGGACCAGGGAGUGAGAUUGCUAGCAAACUGAAAGGAUCAACGCCACACGAUGAGCUACUCAUACAGAUUUCUCAGUCCUUCUCUGGUUUGCUUCUCUUUGCAAUUGGUUUGGUGCUCUUCAUGGUUUCGUUCGUGAAAGACAGAGACUUCCAUAGCUUCUUCGCCGGUGGCUCUGUUGUUCUGUAUGUGUUAAUGGCUAUGUGGAGGGUUCUGUUCGAGUGGAAAAUUGAAGAUCUUGCUUAUGAAUGGCCUAAACAAGCUCUUGGAGACAUUGCUUUGGCCAUUUCUUGGGGUUUCUUCAUUGUUUAUUCAUGGAGAGAAAAGUAUGAUUGAUGUUUUUGAUUUUUGAUUUUUCAUAAAAAAACUUGUGAGCUAAGCAAAACAAAAAUGUUAUAUUAUAUAGUCUUGGAUCCUCAGAUUUGAUGAAAGAGGAUGUGUGAAAAGCUUAGAUUCAGACAAGAUCAGAUCGAACAAAAUCAAGGAUUAGAAAAAUAAUGACAGCUUCUUUUUUUUAAUGUCUUUGU